UUGUUGAACGCACUCUGUAGUAGAAGUUUAAAGAGUUAUCGAAUGAAAUGUAAGGUUAUGUUAUUUGUUUAUGAAAAGUCACCCAUCCGUUUUGACUAUAAUUUGAAAAUCAGAGAUGCAAUCAUCCAAAAUCAGAAAAGUUAAAGGAGGUCACUCAAAAAAAGAAAUCAAACUGUCCAAACUGAUAAAAAAUGAUAGUGAUUCUGAAGGAACAGAAAGUGAGCACGAGUUGUCUCACUAUUUGAACGAUAGAGUGAAAAUGAUGAAAGAGGUACUUAAAAUUAUCAAACCCAAGAAAAUACGAACCAUGGCUCCGGAUUGUAUGCAGAAAUUGGAUAAUGAAGAAAUAAACUCCAUGCUUUUGGACGAGUUAUUAGGAAUAUCCAACAAGCGACUGAAAUAUAUAUUCAGUGGACAGAACUUGAAUGAGGAAAGCAGUUCUACUGAUCCUGAAGAGGAACAGCCGAUUGAUGUAAUAUCUCUUGAUGAAAUUAGCGAUGAUGAGUUCGUCAUUGAUUUAGAUUCAGAUAAGGAAUCUAGACCUAAGCACCACAGAAAGCACAAAACCAAAGUCAAAGACGAACCAAAAAAGAAAAGAGUCAAAAAGGAGAAACGAGAUGUAUCUGCUGAAAAAUCGAAAGAUUCUUCUAAGAACCAGAUGUCUGAACAAAACCUCAUGAGCGUUUUAGAAUUGUUGGAGUUACAAGCCAGGGCAAGAGCCAUUCGAUCCCAGCUCGCUUUAGAAAGCACAAGGAAGGCAGAAGAAGCUGCAAAGGCAGCAGCAGAUGUUGAAUCUUCAGAUAAUGAGGAUGCAGUAAUAGUGGAAAGCCCUAAAAAUUUGGAGAUCAUAAUCACGUCUAGUGACUCUGAAAACGAGAAUUCACACGUAGAAAGCGGCCAACACAAUCAAAAUAAUCAGGUAAAGGGAGUAACUGGUGAUGAGCGCAGUUGUAAAGAAGCUGAAGAUACUGCGCAUGAACCCAUUAGCGUUGAAGCGAAGACCAAGGUUCCAAAAGAAAAUCCUAGUAAAGGAACCUUGGAGCGAAUCGAAAAAGAUCGAGCUCCAGCUGGAGGAAAUGGUGAAACAUGUUCUAACAACCAAACGGAAGAAGUGGCAGAUAUCCCUCAUCCAGAAGGCGGAGAAAACAACCAGUCAGAUGAUGGAUUCUCAAAGAAGAAUAAUGGUUGGGAAGCCCCUAUGUCUGAUAGUUCCACCUCAAAGACCCUGCAAGGAGUGGAAGUUCGGAAUGAAAGAGGUGAUGGUAGCAGGAGUGAGAAAAAUGUAGAUGGAAGUACUACAGAUUCUAACCCCAAGAAAAUAGUUGCUGAAACACAAGUCAAAGACAAGAAAGAUAAAAAAUCUAGAAUAUGCAGAAGAAAAUUAUCCAAAUUAGCAAGGCGGAAGAUGCUCGAAAGUGAUAUUGCCGUGAAUAGUUUGUCAACUGAAAAAAACAUUGAAAAAUCUCGGGAUAAACAGGGAGACGAGUCAGCUGGUAAUUUUCUAGAGAAAAGUAGGACUGAUGAGGGUGAAGGUAUUAUUCUGAAUGUGGAGCAGUCGGAAAUGGAUUGUAUACAUUUGGAUUGAAAUAGAAGAAAAGAAAGGUAUUGGAUUAUAGGAUUGAAGUUCAGAAAUGGUUUCACUUCAAGUUUGAGAGAAAAAGAUGGAAUGAUGUUUUGUAAUGGUAAUACAUGAAAGCCAUCAAGAUUCUAACCAUCCCCUAAGUGACUAUAAAUGAAAAAUAAAAUCAAGAUAGGGAUUCGGGUCCAACUUCUUGAUAACACUCCACACACCAGAGACAUCCGAGAUCUGAUUACACUUUGCCACAAGAACUUUAUGGGCUAUGAGAAAAUGUACAUAGAAUUUUCAUGUAGAAUAUCGUCCGACUAACUUAGAAAUUCCAAAUACGGAUCUGAAUUUUUGGUAACAAUUAUCUGAUAUAUUGUUUUUAUUUCAUCAAUGAUAAUUGUUCCAUAUGACCAAUACGUCCGCCUCUUUGACACUCCAUUCUGAUUUGAAUAAAUAGCACUUUUACCUGAAA